AUGAACUGUCUGGGUGACCGCAUGAACUGUCUGGGUGACCGCAUGAGUGACCGCAUGAACUGUCUGGGUGACUGCAUGAACUGUCUGGGUGACUGCAUGAACUGUCUGGGUGACCGCAUGAGUGACCGGAUGAACUGUCUGGGUGACUGCAUGAACUGUCUGGGUGACUGCAUGAACUGUCUGGGUGACUGCAUGAACUGUCUGGGUGACCGCAUGAACUGUCUGGGUGACCGCAUGAACUGUCUGGGUGACUGCAUGAACUGUCUGGGUGACCGCAUGAGUGACCGGAUGAACUGUCUGGGUGACUGCAUGAACUGUCUGGGUGACUGCAUGAACUGUCUGGGUGACUGCAUGAACUGUCUGGGUGACCGCAUGAACUGUCUGGGUGACCGCAUGAACUGUCUGGGUGACCGCAUGAACUAUCUGGGUGACUGCAUUGACCGCAUGAACUGUCCGGGUGACUGCAUGAACUGUCCGGGUGACUGCAUGAACUGUCUGGGUGACUGCAUGAACUGUCUGGGUGACUGCAUGAACUGUCUGGGUGACUGCAUGAACUGUCUGGGUGACUGCAUGAACUGUCUGGGUGACUGCAUGAACUGUCUGGGUGACUGCAUGAACUGUCUGGGUGACUGCAUGAACUGUCCGGGUGACUGCAUGAACUGUCUAGGUGACUGCAUGAACUGUCUGGGUGACUGCAUGAACUGUCUAGGUGACUGCAUGAACUGUCUAGGUGACUGCAUGAACUAUCUAGGUGACUGCAUGAACUGUCUGGGUGACCACAUGAACUGUCUGGGUGACUGCAUGAACUUGGGUGACCACAUGAACUGUCUGGGUGACUGCAUGAACUGUCCGGGUGACUGCAUGAUGAAUUCCCAGCUGAAUGGAGACAGAGAAGUGCUGUGUGUGGUACAAGUGUGGAGGAGGAAACGGGAACAGGGAGUUAGUAUGCGGAGGGUAGUCAGUGGGCCGCCAGGUAAGGAGGAGGCUGAGCAGAGUAAUCAGGCUGCCCACAGCCCGUGGCCAUGGCACAGAAUCACUCUUUCUCCCACAACCCUCCAAUCGUUCAUUUUCCUAAUGAUGCGCAGAGCAGCAGGAGGCAGGGAGCACUGUUGA